AUGUAUGAGAAUGUAUAUGAGGAUGCAGGAAUGGAGUGCUUUAAACUGACCCAAAAGCCACCUUUAUAUAGGAAAUUUUACUUUUUGGUCGGGACCACUGUCUGGGAUUUGGGACAGCGGUCUCAAAUUUUUGAAGCUUGGGAUCGCCAUCUAGAAUGUCGAGACGACAGUCUCACCAAACAAGAAGGCGGUCUCCCCUUUAGCAAAUGGCGAGACGACGAUCUUGCUUUUCAAAGUUGGCCAAGGUUGGUCAGAGUGUUUAAGCUGGUGCUAAACAAACAUCUUACUUUGAGGGUUCGCGUCUUAGCCAAUUUCUAUCGCUCUGUAUGGCUGAUUGACUUCCCUAGACUGCCCUUUGGGUUUUCAGACUAG